CGCUGUUUACUUCCUGCGGCUGAGGAGGCCGUGGCCCAAAUCUUUGCUGUUCAUUUGUCGGAGAGGAUGGCCCUGGAGACGGUGCCGAAGGACCUACGGCAUCUACGGGCUUGUUUGCUGUGUUCUCUGGUCAAGACUAUAGACCAGUUUGAAUAUGACGGAUGUGACAAUUGUGAUGCAUACCUUCAGAUGAAGGGUAACCGGGAGAUGGUAUAUGACUGCACCAGUUCUUCCUUUGAUGGAAUCAUUGCGAUGAUGAGUCCAGAGGACAGCUGGGUGUCUAAGUGGCAGCGAGUCAGUAACUUUAAGCCGGGUGUGUAUGCAGUGUCAGUCACUGGUCGCCUACCCCAAGGAAUCGUGCGAGAGCUGAAGAGUCGAGGAGUGGCCUACAAAUCCAGAGACACAGCUAUAAAGACCUAGCAAGAUGCAUGGCUGCCAGAGUCUUGCCUCUGCCCCACCUCCUGCCUCUGUUUAUUUUUUGUUGUGGAACUAAGGGGGCGGAACUUCAGAUACUCCCCACCAUCCAGUUCUGAGACUCAGCAGACUGUUGAGAGCACAGCGUGUCCCUGGGCCAUUUUACCUUUGGACUACUGGUGGGGGUGGUUUGGGUUGGUGGAUUGACAGAGACUGAAUUGAAUGGGAGGUAGGAUACUGGUCUUCCUACUCAGAGCCCAGGUCUAUGCCCUUACCCAUGGGCAAGACUCUGGGUCAAAUGCCAAUAAACACGAAUCUCUAGGAAGGUUCUUAAGCCCAUGA